AGAGGCGGUCUGACCCAGUUCCUGACCCAGAUCGACGGAUUAUCGGCAAGUCAAAAAGCGCCCUUCGUCUUGGUCGCGACAAACCGGCCGUGGGAUCUGGACGAGGCAUUCCACCGUCGGUUACCGCAUAAGAUUCUCUUCAAGCUUCCCGACGAGGAAUGCCGCCGGCGUAUCCCAUCGAGGACUUGUGAAUCUGAUGACCUCGACGACGAUGUUGACGUCACCAAGUUGGCGAAACAAACCGCAGGUUACUCUGGAUCUGAUCUGCGCAGUGUAUGCGCCCAGGCAGCGCUGAUGUGGUCCCUGGAGAAUGUGAAACUUGAACACCCCGAGCGUAAGCUGAGGUUGAAACGUAAACAUUUUGCAAGAGUUACCGGCAAGAUUCGACCAAGCAAUGCGCCACAAGCAUCAUGUCAAAUGCAAGAGUUUGUGGACAGAUUCAAUCCA